GUCUGUUUUCCCUCCCAUUUUGAUGGCCUGACCUGCCCUGAUGGUUUUCACCUGUGCCUGGUCUCAUUUAUACCCUCUAUAUAAGCUCUGCUUUGUCCCUGCAUUCCCUGUGUUUGCUGGGUCACUUGUGAUUUCUGUGUUUCCCUCAUUUGGUUUAUUUCUGAUUUGGUCUUUACUUGGACUUCCAGCUGCUUUAGUUUGCCUUCUUCUGUCCUGUAAAGAGUGUGCAGAAAUCCAUCGUGCAGCCCUCUGUGAACUUGUGUGAAGCCAGUGAGAGGAACACGAGGUGCUUGGAGGAGAGAAAAAAGACCCAGUGAAGGACAACGCUGGAUCAGCAAUCUGAGACUCCAUCAUCUGCAGCCAGUGCCUGUUUGCGUGCGUGUGUGAGGAUGAAGUGGUGUCCUACAGAAGUUUUGAACGCGUGCGUCAAAAGUACGUGAGGAUCGUGGCGCAUUGGACGGCUGUAGUGCUGAAUGAACGGAAGGAGGAGGGAGAUCAUACAUUAACUCCUGCUGGCUGCGGUGACUCUCCAGUUGAUAGAAGCCAAGACAGAAGGAUGCACUCAGAAAAACACUAACAGAUCUUUUUGUUGUCGUUGUUGAGAAGCGACAAAUGAAACCCAAACGAAAAUCUACUUAAUUUUUUUGGCCGUCCGGUGUUUUCCAGAGGAUUUUACGCGCCCAAAGAGAGUAAAGAAAACGCUGCAGAGAUGAGUGUUGCAUGGUUUUACAUGCUCGUGAAGGAUCCCCUCUCCUGAUAAAGGGACGGAAAAGGACAAGACAAGGCUGUCCAUGAUAUUUUCCAAACGAAGAUUGCAAAGGUGGAGCGAUUAGAGAAGGGCUGAUGACGGGACUAUUAAUCCUUUCAGUGCAUCAAAAGCACCAAAGGGUAUUAGAAACGCUUGGAUGGAAAUUUGGCGAGUGUUUGGAGCUGUUUUUGGUUUUAUAUGAAACUGGUGAUUAGUUGUGGUGUGUCACAUCUGCAAGGAUUUUUUUUUUCCCCACUCAACAUUUUUUUAAGGAAGUAAAUUUGUUUUUCUCCCCCCACACCGAAAGGAUGUCUGGUAUGAGCGUUUUCCAGGUGUGAAAACUCUCAUCUCAAUCUUUUCCCCCCCUCUUCUUCCUAAAUCUAAAUGGAAUUAGUUGAGUCUGAAGCCGUUUGUGAAAGGAAUAGACAUGGUACAUGGGCACAGCUUCCAUCACGUUGUUGCAAGUCUUCUCAUACUUGGGUUGUCUGGGGCAACAAGGAAAGAUACAGCAGUGAAAAACAACUCUGGAGUGAAGCCUGCAGGUCAAUGUGGAACGUGGGUGAAGGAACCAGAAGGAGGGCUCUUCACGUCUCCCAAUUACCCUAACAAAUACCCCCCAGACACAGAGUGUGUUUACAUCCUUGAAGCGCCCCCAAGGCAGUGCAUCGAUCUGCACUUUGAGGAGAAUUAUUCAAUCGAGUCCUCUUGGGAAUGUAAAUUUGACAACAUUGAGGUUCGGGAUGGACCCUUUGGCUUCUCCCCAAUGCUCGGACGGUACUGCGGUCAGCACAGCCCACCCGAUAUCAGGAGUAGUGGCCGAUACCUGUGGAUAAAAUUUGUUACAGAUGGGGAACUGGAAGCGGUGGGCUUUUCGGCAAGUUACAACUUCACUGCAGAUCCGGACUUUGCAGACUUGGGAGUACCUCCACCUCUGCCCUCUUGUCAGUAUGACAUGGUUGGUCCAGAAGGUAUCGUUGAGUCCCAUCAGAUCACCAGAGACGGGAAGGCUGGCGCCGCCGAGGCCGUCGACUGUAAAUGGUACAUUCGUGCUCCGCCGCGCUCCAAGAUCUACCUGCGUUUUCUCGACUACGAGAUGGCCAAUUCCAAUGAAUGCAAGCGCAACUUUGUGGCAGUGUAUGAUGGUGGCAGUUCGGUGGAAGACCUGAAGAGCAAGUUCUGCUCCACGGUGGCCAAUGACAUCAUGCUGGUCUCCACGCUGGGCGUCAUUCGCAUGUGGGCGGAUGAGGCCAGCCGCAAAAGCCGCUUCCGCAUCCUUUUCACAACCUACCAAGAACCUCCAUGCGAUGCAGAUGCCUUCUUCUGUCACAGCAACAUGUGCAUAAACAACACGCUGGUCUGCAAUGGCAUGCAGAACUGUGUCUACCCCUGGGAUGAGAACCAAUGUAAAGAGAAGAGGAAAGCCAACAUCCUGGACAACCUGAACAACACAAACGGGACCAUUAUUGGUGUCACCUGUUGCAUCGUCCUCAUCCUCCUCAUCGUCUCCGUCAUCGUCCAGAUCAAGCAGCCACGCAAAAAGUACAUCCUGCGGCGUGAGGACUUUGACCCCACCAUGUUCCAAGAGGUCUUUGAGCCGCCUCACUAUGAGCUGUGUACUUUACGGAGUGCCACCACAGCCGCUGCGGCAUCAGCAGACUUAGUUGACCUGGCGGAAGACUUUGAGAACUACCACGCCCUUCGCCGUGCCUCCUCGCGCUGCGUCCACGAUCACCACUGUGGCUCCUCCUCCAACCCCGGCUCCGCCCACAUAUCCCAGCUGUCACUAAGUGGACGAGGGAGCCGUGGGAACUUGAGCGCUCGAGACUCAGCGGCCGCCGCUCUGCUCACAGACCUCCCACAGCCGCCCAUGGCAGUGCGGCCCUUGUUGCCGGCCGCUGGAAACCGCAGGAGCAUCUUGGUCAUGAAGCACAGCUACUCGCAAGAGGCAGCAGACAAUGGAUGUGACCUGGAGGACGACCUGGAAGAAGUUCCCACCACCAGCCACCGGCUUUCACGCCACGAAAAGGCAGUACAGCGGUUCUGCCUCAUUGGCUCUUUGAGCAAACAUGAAUCAGAGUACAACACAACUAGGGUCUAAGAGACAAUCUCAAGGUAAGCACCCUUAUCCAACAAUCAACAUCUUUAUAUGUUGUGUAGUCAUCAUUUGCCCAGUCAGUAUAUACUUUUAUGUAAGUUCUUUUUUCUUUUCUGUGAUUUUUGCGCAGGUUUAUAAUUUUUUUUGUUUGUUUUUCAGUUGUUCAUUUUCACCAAGAUGGUUUUCUUGCUUGCAGCCAUCUUGCCCCUCUAGUGAGUUUGUUGAAGUCUUUGUGAUGCUCAAGUUUACUGUAUGUCCUCCCAAGGUCAUACAUUGUGUCACUCAGUGGAGAUUCAUUAGCAUGGACUGUUUCCCAGUGAUCUUUGGUUGAAGCUGUUAUCGGAUAAUUUGUCUGAUCUCUGCACUUUUCUGACAGUAGGCCUACAGCAAAUAAUGUAUAUCAGUUGUGUAGAGAUACUCACGUAAAAGCACAAAGCUGAAAACAGACACAAUCCCACAUGUUUUCAUUAAAUUACAUCAGUGGGAAUUUUUGCACACACUAAAAGCACACUGAGAUCAAUUAAAUGUGUCAUUCAUCUUUGUAAUUUGCAAAUCUUUACUGAUCACACAUUCACACAGAAUUCCUCUGUGGUUUUGCAUGAUUUAUGUCACUUGUCGUAAUUGAUUUUGUGAAGCAUAGCAUUUAUGCCUGUGUGUGUAACAGUUUAUGUGUCUGCCCCGCGACUCUGCUCUCAUGAGGCUGUAAUAACUACAACCGGACACGGUAAUAUGAGCAUCAGAGCUGCAGAUACCUGAUGAGACGAGCCUGUUUAUUAAGAUGGUAAAUUUAGAAGAAAUUUACUUCAAUCGCAGUUGCAGCUUCGUGUUUGCACAUGAUGGAGCAGCCACAUAAAGUGCUACCCAUUGUUUUGUCUGUUAGUGUGAGAGAUGUGCUGUCCUGUUGUCUGUCUGUGUCCGCUUAUGUUCUACAUUAUGUUGCAUUGUCUCCAUCAUGUAGACUUCUUGAGAAUAGUGCAAUCCUGGAUCAGUACGAACGGGCGUCACUGACAUAUGAAAAAGCGGAGCGGAGAUUUACACCAGCAUGAUGCUGAUGAUGAAGGGACACUUUGACGAAAGGAUAUUGAUUAUGUGUAACGUGAAUUCAUGUGCGAAGGUGAACACAACGGACUAGAUGAAAAAACUCCAGCUGUGAAGUGGGAAAGUUCUGAAAAUCAGUCAGCUCUGUGUGCUCUGUAGUCUAUCCAGAUUUUUUUGUUUCACUGGAAAGAAAUGGACCUGUUCAAUGAACAUGACUAUUGAUUAUUCACCAUUUAACUUUAAAUUUGGAAUGUCAGUCAGAAACAUUUCUGCCAUUGUCAUAGAUUCCUCACUCAUAAGAAAAUGAAUGUGAUCAAACAUCUUCAAGUUAAUUUUUAAGCAUGUAUUUUUCAAAUUAGUAGCAUACAUGUUAUGUUAAUAGCAAAGUAUAGAUGCUUGCACUUUGACAAGUGUGGAAGAUUUACUUUACUUGUGCAAAUUGGAAUUGAACUCGAUUAACCAAUUACCUAAUCAAAUGUGAUACUGUUGGAAUAAGCAGUUCAAUUUGGAUAACAAUUCAAGGCCGAGUUGUAUGACUUGUGCAUGCUUCUUUAAUAUCCAUUAAAGCAUUAACACACUAACAUAAAAAUACAAGAAGCCUUCAUCUACUAAUACAUAAAUCAAAUGGCAAAAUUAAUUAAUUGCAUUGCAUGUCGUUGCUUUGGCAAAUCGUUAGAUAGAGAUAACUGCGCAGGUAAAUUUCACCAUUUCCAUUUGAACACAAAUUCCCUUUUAAAUAUGCUGACUAACUUUUCAGUAUUCAUUUUUAAUUUGACAAGGAGUUUUAUUUUUGGCAAAUGUGUUUACUUCAAGUCUGUUUGUCUUCUAAAUCUCUUCUACUGUAGGAGCUUAACAUCUUUGUAUUAAAACUUUUUUACUGAGGCAAAUUGAAAAGAUGGAAGUUUUUACAGUUAUUCCAGUUAUCUUUCAGGGCUGAUUUUACUGAUGCUUUGUAAAAAUAAAUAACAAUAAAGCUUCACUUUUUUUCUUUUAUUGGCUUUUGGUCAGUAGUUCCUGUCAGCUCAGCUUUUCAUGUUUCAAAGUCAUAUGCUUUUUGCUGGUUUUCAAAGGAUUUGUUUCCCCAGACAGGACAAUUAAACGAGUCGUAGACGGUCCACAUAAUUCCAGGUAAUCACAGGUACCUGACAGACGAGUUAAUUGACUUUUUGUGUUUGUCCGGAUGACAUGAACCCCACACACAGGAACUCACACUAACAACAUCGACCGCUGGCAGGCUUUUGUAGGAGAAACUGAAAAACAAACUGCCUCGUGUGGAAAAUUAGAAGAGCAGCUGUGAGCACAACAACACAAACGAUUCACACACACGAUGCAUAUGACGUCUUUGUUCUUAUACGCUCUGUCAUUGUCCGACUUCCUACUUUCUGUGUCAGUUUUUAUGAUAUAUCAUCUAUGUGCAUAUUAUUUUCUGUCUUCAGUGUCAUGUAUGUAUCAUUUACAUCCAUGCUCUCCACUUUUUCCUGCAUAUAUACAUGAUCAUACACAGACCCAUAUGCAGAUAUCGAAUAAAAUGUUUCUUUUCUAUGCAGACGUUCUGCUGAUGUCUCUGUGUUGUUUCUGUUUUACAACUGGGCCAACACUUCUGUUCUACUGUAUUUAUUAAAAACGUGUACUCACAUACCUCCCUCUCCAUCAAACACACACACACACACACAAACGCCACAAGGUCACAAACUCAGCUGCCAGUACACAGAUAGAGGCAGACACCUCAGUAAUUAGGAAAGUCUGAACCAAUUCGAUCACAAGCAUCCCAGGCAGCAGAUGAGAGAGCUGGGAAGCCCCGGACAGACUUAAAGUAAUAGUGUUUUCAUUU